UUCAUUCAUUUGUUUUGUUUUUAUUUACGCCAGUUUUGGGGAUUAGAUCCAAAUAAAUCUCGCUCACUUUAAUCAACUAAACUUGAAAAACUAACAAAAUGAGCGUAAGCGCGGCGUCCACUACCUCCGUGAUGGCGGAGGACGAUAUGGACGACACCAAGGGCUUCCAGCCGAUCUCGAAAUUGGAGGGUAACGGAAUCAACGCGGGCGACAUCAAAAAACUGGAAGAAUCGGGCUAUCAUACGGUCGAAUCGAUAGCCUACGCCCCCAAGAAGUUCCUUUUGGCCAUAAAGGGGGUCUCCGAACAGAAGGCCGAUAAAUUACUGGCCGAGGCCCAGAAAAUGGUCAAUAUGGGAUUCACCACUGCGACAGAGGUGCAUCAGAAACGAGCCGAUCUCAUCACUAUUACGACCGGCUCUAAGGAGCUCGAUAGGUUGCUCGGUGGUGGUAUAGAAACUGGAAGCAUCACGGAAAUAUUUGGGGAGUUUCGUACGGGAAAAACUCAAAUUUGUCAUACAUUAGCGGUUACUUGUCAGUUGCCAGCAGAUGUCGGAGGUGGCGAAGGUAAAUGCCUGUACAUAGACACGGAAGGCACUUUCCGCCCUGAGAGACUAAUAGCUGUCUCGGAAAGGUUCAAAAUGGACCCAAAAGUGGUACUAGACAAUGUCGCUUAUGCCCGAGCAUAUAAUACAGACCAACAGACGCAGCUGCUUAUACACGCAAGCGGAAUGAUGACAGAGUCGAGGUAUUCGCUGAUCGUUGUGGACAGCGCGAUGUCCUUGUAUAGAACCGACUAUUCUGGCAGGGGAGAAUUGUCUGCCAGACAAAUGCAUCUGGCCAGAUUUCUUAGGAUGCUAUUGAGGCUGGCAGACGAGUUCGGAGUGGGUGUGGUUAUCACCAACCAGGUUGUGGCCCAAGUAGAUGGGGCGGCCAUGUUCAAUGCUGACCCGAAAAAGCCUAUAGGAGGGAACAUUAUGGCGCACAGUUCCACCACACGACUUUAUUUGAGAAAAGGUCGAGGAGAGACGAGAAUGUGCAAAAUUUACGAUUCGCCUUGUUUACCGGAAGCAGAGGCCAUGUUUGCCAUUAAUCCCGACGGCGUCGGUGAUCCUAGGGAAUAGUUAGUUAUCCAAAUUGGAUUGUGUUAAUUUUUGUUGUGGUUGUUGUUUCGGUUCAAUUUUCGAAGCAAGGCUCGUUCAGUUUAUUUAAGCAGGGUUUGUAAGUUAAAGUUGUAAAUUUUAAGGCUGUACAAAUUAGUUGAAUUAAAUGUAUGCAGUCGGAACUAGAUAACGCGAACCGCGAUGUACUUGCCAUUAAAACCAAAAUAGUUUUUUGUAUAUUUCAAGGUUGUUUGCAGAUUGUAACUACAUUAACACUUAGGGUUAAUUGAAGAAUGAAAGUACCAAAGGCACUAAGUGCCAUAAUUCUGAGAUAUUUAAGAAAACCACUAAGAAAGCAACACUCUUUUUUUUUUAUAUGAACUUGUAAAACCGAUUCUUAACAUUUAGAAUUAGGUACUGGUAGAAAACAAAUCAUUUUUUUUAUCAAUAAAAUGGAAUUUUAAAGUAUGUUUGGAACCAAAACUGAAAAGGCAUAAGCGCCAAAUGAUAAGUCCUCCAAAGGUAAGUUAAGUGCCUUACAAUUUAAGGUGUAAGUACCAAUUAAAAGCGAGUUGUGUUUCUGCUUGGUCCAAAACUCUUUUUUCAUAAAAUAUUUUGUGUUCAGGAUUUCCUAGCUAGGGAAUCAUAGAUGAUACGAGAUUUUCUUUUAUUAGCGGUAAUCUUAUUCUCGCGGGGGUAAAAGUUUUAGAUCGUCAGUAGUUUUUCCUUUUUUCAAUACAUUGAUUUUCUUCCAGGCUUGAAGUACUGUUGGAUUUUUAGGAUCAAUCUUUACUGAUAUUUAAGGCUUUAGGGUUAAGAAACGUGUCAGCAUCUUCUUAUAUCCCAAAAUCCGUUUACAGACAUGUCAAUAAUUUCGAAUGGUAGAUCAUAUUUUGCGGAUGUUAUUACAUCAUGUAAAUCAUUUGGGCACCAUUGCCUUCAUAACACGCUUCUUUUCUUCAAUGAGAGCAAAGUCUCGGUCACAAUCCAUAAAACUGUGACCACUUAUUAGAAAGUUAUACUCGUAUUGUCUCAAAAACAUCAUGCAGAGCACGGAACAGAACACUAAAACAAAUAGGGGAAUUGUGCCUUGAGAUGGCAUACUUUUUGGUUGACGGAGAUAAUUUUGGAAAAUUAAAAUAUAUUGUUGAAAAAAAACAAGUUAGCUUUCAUUUUAUAUUAGAUUCUUUCCUUAUAGCCAGCUAAAAUGUCUUUAAUUCAAAUAGAUAUUUUUUUCUAGAUAUUUAAAAAAAUGUGCUGCUAUGCCAUCUCACACCAACAGCUUAGGGUAAGAUGGCAUACUACUAUGUCAUCUCACCCUAGCCAAUAUGAAUGAAAAUCCUUUAUAAUUCUUUAUUGGUAAUAUUAUUUAUAGCCGUGUAAUGAAAAAUAAACCUAUAUCGUGUAAAAUACAGGCAAAAAAAGACCAAAUGCAAAGUUUUUAAAAGCGAAAACGUUAACUACAAAACACAAAAUACUUUCAUGAUAUAAAACGGUAUCUUCAUAUUUUAUUUGCAUAGAUCGCAUAUAAAUAUAUCCAGUCUUCGUUGGAGCGUGACAGCGAAUAUAAUUCAUUGCAAUAAAGGCACGCAACGUCAUCUUCGUCGUCAGCAGCGACUUGAAAAUUUUCAGGUUCUUCAUCAAUGACAGGUAAUUUUCUUUUUGCUGCUCGAGCCGAUUUUCUCAAGAAUGCUGCUUCUUUUUCGACAAUCGCUGCUUUGGCAAGUUCAAUUUCAGGUGUUGUAUUAAGCACGCCAUAUUUUCCUCCCUUUCUCGGCUUUCUACUUUUUAAUAUCGAAGGAGCAACAGGAAGUGGAGAAAUAUCUUUUAUUGACAUUCUUGCGGGUUUCUGUGUUGAGGUUUCUGCAGCGUGUGUAAUGUCAGCUCCAGAAAUUUGAGGAUUUUCAGUGCCUUGUGUAUUUCCUUGUUCAUUGUCUGGAAUAUUUGUGACGUCUGCUAGUUGAAACAUCCAGUCUGGAAAAAUGUCUUUAUUGGACGGAUAUAUGCCAGUCUUACUGAAUGCAUUAACAGCAUUUCCUAUAGUGGCGGCCUUGUUGUAGGCUUCUUUUAGUAUACCACCGAUUUGAAAAUGGGUAACCGUUCUUCCUGGAUGAGAUUUAAGCCAACGGGAUAAUUCUAGGUUAUAAUAUGUUUUAAGAGAUCCAAAAAAACACACGUCUAACGGCUGUACCCGGUGGGUGCAAUGAGGUGGAAAGCAAAAUACGAUGAUGCCGUUUUCUUUGGUUAGAGCCGCAUAAUUUUUGUGGCUGCUAUGUCCAUCCAACAGGAGAAGAAUUUUAUUUGUAGGAGAUGAUCUGGCAUAUUUGACAAAGUGUUUUAAAUAUUUUAGGAAACUUUCUCCAGUCAUCCAACCACUUUCCUGUGCUAAACCUAAAGCUCCCUGUGGACCGUGGUCCAUCAACUCAUUCUUCAUGUUUUUUCUAGGAAAGAGUAACACAGGUGGAAUGUAAGUCCCAACAGCAUUAAAGCAGCAUGCAAUUGUAAGAUGCUGACCUCGUUCUGCGCUUGUCAGUAUGCUCACCUGCUUUCUGCCUUCAAGAAUUUUAAUAUUUCUUGAAGGAACUGUCGACAACCCAGAUUCAUCCAAAUUGUAAAUAUUUUCGGGAGAAAAUUUAUAGUCCUCCAAUACUUUCUCGAGAUAAUCAAAGUAUUUUUUAAUUUGUGCUUUAUUAAACGAACGAGCUCGUGCAGCAGAUGUUGCCUCUGGUGUACGCAGUGAAAUGGUAGGAUUUCGUGCGCCCCAACCGGCAGCUUUUUUUUCUUUUGAGAACCUAUGGGGAAUUUUCUUUGCCUCGGCAAUUUCAUAAGCAAGCUCGCGAAUAUCCUCAGUUGUAAGACCAAAGAAACGUACUUCUAACUCCUUUAUAUAACUAACCAACUCAUUUUCUAACUCAGCAUUGAAAGUUGGGACAUGUCCUCCUAAGUAUCCUUUAAUGGCUCCUCGAUCAUUCUUAGCUCUUCUUCUAAGCGUAAAAAAUUAAAUUUAUCAUUCGAUAGGUAGUUAGUCACUUCCAAAUAUUAAAAAAAAAACUUACCAGGGACAAAAAUUGAACCUAUAAUAUUAACAAAUAAAUAAUAUACCAUCUUACCCUAUGCACCUAUAUGCCAACUGACUCUGAAUGGCAUUAUUGAAUUUUAACGUAAAUUUUUAGUUAACAAUUAUGAUUUAGGUAAAUAUUUAAUACCACGUAGAUAGAUAUUUUAUAAACUAAUGACGGUAGAUUUUUUUUUCAUAGGAAAUUAAAAAUUCUUAGAGUUACAAACAUAUAUACGAUUCUAAGUAGAAAAGUCAUUACUUACCGUAACGGAAAAUUAAGCUUACCUUCUCGUUCUACACUAACAAACGAACUAAAUUUUCUCAGAAGCGCAUGUAAGACCACGAGCACCGAAAAUUAUGAACAUUGUUGUCAGACGAUGUGUAUUAACCGUAAAAUUGCUUCUAUGCCGUCUCAUCAGGUAUGCCAUCUCAGGCACAAUACCCCUAUUACUCCAGAAUUUCAUUAGUUUAAGAAGGGUAGAUGCCACUUUAUUAGCUCCACGUCCACUAACACCUUCAGGCCACAUACACGGUUUUGAACGUGGCGAACGAAUAAAACUUGAUUGUAGGUCAAAUGAAAUGCAGCAUUUGUCACUACCAGGAAUUUGCAGUUUGAUUUUUCAUAUAUUUCAGACAUUGUUGCACUUUUCGGUGGUGAAGUUCGAGUUGGUUAUUCGCACUAGAAGUUUAUUUUGCCUUGCCAUUUAACUAAUGGCGACUCUAGGACGAUGAAAGCUUAAGUUGCGGAAAUCUCUCUCUUAAACACACCUCUAUAAAACUUAUCAGCUUACAGGAGAUUCUUUAUGUUUCCUCAAAAGAUACUCGAUAUACGUCUAAAAUACCCCUUUUCUUAUCUUGCACGUGAAUAGUGUGAAACAUCUCUAGGGACAGAGUUUAUAUGUUAAUGGAUCAGUUUGCGGUCGUUUAUUAAACAACCAGACGUUUCUGAGUGACACCAAAAAUAUUCAUAAAGGUCUUUCUGCAUGCUUGCACAAAAUUUCCAUCUUGAUCUGGCUGUGUAUAGGAUAUUGAAGUUUGCCUUUUGUUCUAUCUGCGGCACUUCCAUAAUGGCGACGUCUUUAUUUUUUCUAAAUUUAUUAGGCCCUUAGGUGUUUUGUAGUUUUCAGCAUAAAAUCUCUCAAAAGGUUGAAGUUUCGUACACCUGAAAUAGAUACGCAAAUAUUAGGCGCAGAUCAACAAAUUCUUUUUAUAAUUACGUUAAAACACGCGGGACAACCUGAAUACCCAUCCGUCAACGGAGUAGGAGUCACUACCUAUUUUUCAAACUACAAAUAACCUAAAAUAUCUUACCUCUUGAUUAGGUGGAUAUUUUGGACGAAUUUCCCUUUUUUUCCUGCUAACGUAAACGUAUGUCUUCCCAGCAUUCUUUUUCAUUCUCUGCUAUUCUAUAAACAUUCCUUUAGUCGUUUCUGGCACAUCUUCCAUGUUUACACUGCAAUUUAUUGUCCGACAAGCACACUUACACUUUCUACCUGACUUUGGCACUUAAAAACUUUCAGGACGUAGUGCCUAGCUCCGUCCAGUUUUAGCUUACGAAAAUAAAAUUACACUUAUAACCUUUGUGGGUACAUUAGCAAUGGCACUUGAAACCUGUUUAAGCAAAUAUCUACAAAACUACAGAUUUUGGCACUUCAAUAAUUGUUGAGGUGUAAAAAACUCGUGUAUUCGUGACGAUUGUUGUUUUCUCUCUUUUUCGGUUUCAUUCCUUUUUAGUUAAGGUAAUAAUAGUAUACACGUCUGGUUAGUCCAGGUCUUGUCUGCAAAAUGUCUAAUUUGUCUUACAUGUACUUCGAUUAAGGUCAUGUGACAAGACAUCUAGCAUUUUGCCUCUAAUGCCAACUACAGUCAACUCCGGUUAUUACGUACCCUCUAUAGUGGAAAAAAAUGAGUACUUUGUAACCGGAGGUACCCUAUAAAAAUAAAGAUGUAAAUUUUAUUUGGUAUAUCACAAAUUAAAGUAACUAAAAAUAUAUUCUAGGUAUUUAAUACAAAGAAGAUUUAAACCAAAUUUUAUACAUUUAUAUGUACAAACAUUCGUUGAAUUGUUUGACUCUACAACUUGACCAAUAAUGGAGCGUUAAGAUCUCUGUUGCUACCAAUUUAUCGGCGAUGGUCGUAAAAUGACCUACAACUCAAUUUUGCAACUCGGCAUUUUAUUAUGCAUAGACAGGGUGUUACGAAAUUCGGUGCAAAUAUUUUCAAGAGCGUAUUGUUUGAGUCAAAAUAAGACAUGUGUCCCAAAUUAGAGCUACAGGCAAGUUAGACUAUAAGAAAAUCGAUUAUUAUCGGAAUCCGUGGCUACAAUUAGGUGGCAAAUCCCCGUUUUUUUUUAGUGCUCUUUUUUACCCCAAAAAUGCUGUGAAUCCAAUUUUAAGGGAGGAUUCAGGGGGCUUACCUUUCUGAUGUCCUCUAUCUUAUGAAAAAAUCUAAAAUUUUUAUCUCUAGCAUUUUUUCGAUGCAAAUAACCGUUUUCGAGAAAAUCUGGUAAACACUAUUAAACCCAAUUAAACUAUCAAAUUAGCGAAAAACAUAGUGGGAUAUGAUUGCUUUAAUUUUUGUAAAAUUAAAUCGUGUGUUCAAUACUUUCAAAUUUCUUAUCGGAACUACUUAGGAUUUACUUACUGGACUUAGGUUUACACCAUUUUUUGAACGUAAAAUGUCGGAGCACUCAAAAAACCGAAACUGGCAAAUUUUCAAAAGAUUUGACGCAUAUAACUGUCCUCACUGUUCCAAAUAAUCGACUUUCUUUAAGCAAUUUACGCAGGCUGUAGCUCUGAGUGGAUGGACUCAUUUCAGGACACACGUUUAUGAAGGAACAAAAAGUCUUAUUUUAACUUAAAAUAUUUGCACCGAAUUUUGUAACACCUUGUAUAUUAAUUAUACAUUAUUCAGAUGAGCUGGACAAUUGUCAAUUAGAAGCAAUAUUUGUCUUCUUUGAUUUCUUCGUUUUUCAUUUCACUCCUUACUUCCCGGUAUCAAUUAAAUGGGAAUCCCUGAUAGAAGCGAAGAACUAUACUCUACUAUAACGAACGUUACAACCAGCAUAAGUGGGCAAAAAUAUUGAAAAUAGAUCCUCAGGUAGAGAACAUCACAAAAUACAUACAUAUACGUUUAAUAAAUAAAACUCUGGAUGAUGCAUAAUGCAUUUAACUAAAUGAUCUACAUACAUGCAUUUUUUCUUGGAGAUAGAGACCCCAUUUGGAAAUCUAUAUAUACACAUUCUCCUACAAAAUAUGGACCAAAAAUAUUGAACGUUACAACGGCAGUUUUUACGCUAUAUCCAGUAAAAUUAUAAGAUUUAUUUGAUCGGGUCCAAUAAAAUAAAUAAAAGUACGUUAUAGUCAGAGUACACUGUAUUUUGAUAAAACGUGAUAUAGUUUAAAAAAGACAGUUAAGUCAAAGAACAGAUUAAAAUACAUCACAAACUGUAUCAGAUAUUUUUACUCUGGAUGUACUAAUUAAGAGAUCAUAUAAUGAAGUAAAAGAGUGGACAUAACCAAGAUAGGAAACAGAAUUUCUUAUCCCAUCAGUUUAAGCAGAUUUCUUUAAAAACACACUUGAAUUGAAAAUUAAUUUCUUAUAUCUUCCAGGCAGUUGAAGCCAUUUUCAGGCAAAUGCACAUCAGAUCGAAAGUUUCAUACUUUAUCCUUAAUUCCAGUGGAAGAAAGGAAACGUCUUGUUUGCCCUGGAAAUUCGGUUCCUCUAGUUUUAUUACCUUGAUAAAAAAACUACUUUGUUAAUCGUCAUUGCGGUUCGAGUUAUCGUUAGUUCACCUUAUUGACUGUAUAAUUAAUCAUAGUGAUGUAAAAUCAUUUUAUUUUGUGAAGAAGUAUAGUUUAUUAAGUUUGUACAUUUUGAUAAAUAAACGUUGUUAAAAAUUAA